GGGGUGCUGGUCUUGAUGCUUUGUUUUGUUCCUUUCCUGCAGAAUUCGAUCCGGCACAACUUGUCACUCCACAGCCGAUUCGUCAGGGUGCAGAAUGAAGGCACCGGGAAAAGCUCUUGGUGGAUGAUCAAUCCAGAUGGUGGAAAAGGCGGCAAGGCGCCCCGGAGGCGCGCUGUGUCAAUGGACAACAGCAACAAGUACACCAAGAGCAGAGGGCGGGCGGCAAAGAAAAAGGCAGCCCUGCAGACAGCCCAGGAGACGAGUGAGGACAGCCCUUCCCAGCUCUCCAAGUGGCCAGGGAGUCCCACCUCCCGCAGCAGCGACGAGCUGGAUGCAUGGACAGAUUUUCGCUCCCGUACAAAUUCAAACGCCAGUACGAUCAGUGGCCGCUUGUCACCAAUUUUGGCAAGCACCGAGCUCGAUGAUGUUCAAGAUGAUGAUGCUCCACUUUCUCCCAUGCUGUACAGUAGUCCAUCGAGCUUGUCCCCGUCGGUAAACAAACCGUGCACUGUGGAGUUGCCUAGGUUGACUGAUAUGGCUGGGACAAUGAACUUGAAUGAUGGACUGACUGAUAACCUCAUGGAUGAUCUCUUGGACAAUAUAACACUCCCUCCCUCCCAGCAGUCACCCACAGGAGGGAUAAUGCAGAGAAGCUCCAGUUUUCCUUAUGGUUCCAAAGGUUCAGGGCUGGGCUCCCCAUCAAGUAGUUUCAACAAUGCUGUGUUUGGGCCAUCAUCCCUGAAUUCCCUCCGCCAGUCGCCCAUGCAGACGAUUCAGGAGAACAAGCAGGCCACCUUCUCUUCCAUUUCUCAUUACAACAACCAGACGCUGCAGGAUCUCCUCACCUCUGAUGCGCUUAGUCACAGCGAUGUCAUGAUGACACAGUCUGACCCACUCAUGUCACAAGCCAGCACAGCUGUGUCCGCCCAGAAUUCCCGCAGGAAUAUAAUGCUCCGCAAUGACCCCAUGAUGUCGUUUGCCGCGCAGUCCAGCCAGGGCGGUCUGGUCAGUCAGAACCUGUCCCAUCACCAGCACCAGUCCCACAACUCCUCUCUUAGUGGCAGCCGUGCCUUGUCCAAUUCCAUCAGUAACAUAGGCUUGAGUGACUCCAACAGCUUGGGAUCCACCAAACAUCAGCAGUCACCUGUCAGUCAGUCUAUGCAAACACUUUCUGACCCGCUGUCAGGCUCCUCUUUGUACUCCUCUAGCGUGAAUCUCCCGGCCAUGGGACACGAGAAGUUCCCCAGUGACUUGGACCUGGACAUUUUCAAUGGGAGCCUGGAGUGUGACAUGGAGUCCAUUAUCCGCAGUGAACUCAUGGAUGCCGAUGGGCUGGAUUUUAACUUUGAUUCCCUCAUCUCAGCUCAGAACGUUGUCAGUCUGAAUGUGGGGAACUUCACUGGUGCUAAACAGGCUUCAUCACAGAGUUGGGUACCAGGCUGAAGGAUCUUUGAGAACAGGGAAAACGGGCAAACAGGCCCUCAAACUGACACGAGAUGUAGAGAGAGAACCCUUUGCCAAAUCUGCUGUCAGCAAGUGGACAGUGAUACUGUUUACAGCUUACGACCUUUGUGAACCCUGCAUUAUUUUCCUAAUGAAGCAGACUGUUAAUAGGCCCCUUACUGGAGUGAAGAAUCUACUUUUUUUCCUCCCUCUUUUUCUUUUUUUUUUCUUUUUUUGUUGAAAAUUGAACUCAUUCUGAAGUAUGCAAAAUCUUCCUUUUCUGGGAUGGCCAAGCACCUGCUGUGGAGACAAUGUUCAGCACCAUCCUGUUGAGAACACACUGUGUAGCCUUUACACUAGUUACUUGUCAAUGAGUAUGUGGUGUUUCAAUAUAUUAAUGGUUUAUGGGAUGUUUUAAGUUGGCUUUUCUUUUUGGAGGUUUUCCCUAUCUGCCCACCCUCCCCCUCCUACAGCCUCCAGUUUUAUUUCCGUAGAUUUUGAACCAUUUUUGCUUUCUCUCCCUGGGGAAUCUGAGGCACUGUGCACAUGAAUGGCAAUGACUGUAACCCAGCACCGCUCAGGUGUCAGGGUUUUCUGUAGGUACAGCGUUUGUCAGUCCUGUCAGCCAGCUGGAUUCCAGAGAGGGGAUGUGCGUGCCCUGCUUGUUUGUUGGGUUGGUUGGUUUGUUUCUUUCUUAUUCUUUCCUUAAGUUUAAUGGUACACCCCUGUUUUCCGUAAGGGUCAGCCCAGAGCUGGUUGCAAAGCAGGGGAAGCUGGUGGGUGCCUCUUGGCUCAUAAGGACAGACUGACAGCGGGUGCCACUGCCCUCACAGGCACCGAGGCAGGAGCCCCUCUCCUGCCCACUGGAGCAGGCUCCCCUCCUGCCUUAGGGUAGCAAAGCUGCCCUCACUGCUCUGGGGAGCUGGUGAGGAGUUGCAGGCUGAGCUGCCACACGAGGUGGAUGUAGUCACCUGUAGAGAUGUGUUUGGAAGGACUUAAAGGAAACCGAGUGGCUGGGCGUCGGCAGGUGACUUGCAGUGACAAUGAGGAGCUGAGGCACAGAUCACUGCAGAGUGUGUUAUGGCAUUAGUGAUCCUGUUUAUUUUUGUUGUUGUUGUUGUUUUCGACACAUCCUUGAUUAUUUUUUCCUUCUCAUUAUGUAUAAUCCAUUGUGGCAGAAGAAGCAGGAGUGGGAAUGGCACAGUAUCAUGCAAAUGGCUUUUCAUAUGAGCAUAGAUUGUAGCAGGAUAAAUGACACUGAAAGACAAGGCAGUUUUAUAUAUUUUGCUUCUAAGAUUUUCUUUUGUAAAAUGGAUAAUAAUUAAUAAUAAUAAUGAAUAAAAGGUAUGGUGCUGUAUAGAUCCUCUCUAUAAUCUGGAAAGUUUGAUUACUUUUUAUUAGUAUCUGGGGGAGGGAGGGAUACAAAAAAAGAGGGGAAAACACCAGUGGUACAUAGGAAUUUGGUAUGAAGAGGUUCUGAAUAGGACAGUGUAUACAUAAUUCUCCAAAGCGAUAUAUGAAGUUUUUUUUUUUCCUUUGCAUUAAAGCAUUAUGCAUAUAAAUAUAUAAAUAUAUUUUAUUAUGUACAGAAAUGGAUCAUUAUGCAUGGAUGUUAGGAAAACAAAACUAGCAUUUUAACCCAAGGUCUCAGUGCAUGAGUUCCCACCAACCCGUGUCCCAUGCAAUGUGGAGUGACUCCCUCUCGCCACUGCCACCACACGUGCACAGUCAUGCACCAACACUCACACGCAUUCGUGGGCCCUUCCUCACUCCUUACCUUCCAGGUCCCUGAGGUGAUGUUGGUGAAGCAAUGGCUCCUUGUGUGAUGGAAGUUUUGGUUUUUUACCUUAGCCCCCAUGCUGUUCUCUCAUAAAGAUGCACCUCUUGGUUUCUCCCCCCAGUUACGACUGUGUAGGCUCUGUACAGUUGUGGGUAGCAUAGCCCUGUAGCAUAUCAACUCUUUCAAGCAGCCAAGGGUUUAUCAUUUGCCUUUUAAAACAACUUCUCUUUUCUUUUUACACUGAGGGGUUCUAUUUGUUAGCAUGUGGCCUAGUUCAUUACAUUCAUUGGAGCUGGCUGGUGCACAUUGCCCAUGUCUAUCAGCAACCAGCUUCCCAGGAUGCUUGUGUGGCACAGCUGGGCACCCUGCUUACCCGAGUCCAGUUGCAGGCACCUUUUACUGAAAUUGGUCAAGAGUUCAUCACUGGCCUCCCCUGAGUGUGUGCCAUUCGCCCAUAUCUUCCUGGUGCACCCCAAAAUGUGAGUGUAGGACUUCCCUCUGGUGUUUCUUUCACUGGGGCUUCUCUGCAGCUGCUGCCCUGAGACUGGACUUGUGCCCCAGCCCCAUGUUCUGGCUGUCAGCAGAACUCACUCAGUGGCUGCCUCUGCUGAGGUGCAGCUUUUGAUCCCUAUACAGAUGAGCCUCCAGUGAGACCGUGGUGCUGCCCAAAGACCCAUUGUCACUGAUAGAUCAGUAAAGCCUCACUCGAUGGUAUGGCCAAAGUCAGCAAACCCCAUAAUUUAUUUUUUUCUUAAUUCAGAUUCAGUUCUUGUCAAAGGCAAGGGAAGGCCUGUUGAAAACUUGAAUGAAAAGGCUGCAAAUUCUGCUCUGUUCCAGCAACUUAGCCUGCUUGGGUUCAGAGGAACUGCUUUCCACUGGCAGAAAUGAGAGAUGAAGUGAUGGCCUGCUCUGUUCAGAAAAUGGAGAAAAACCACUUGGUUUAGAGACAGCCCAUCAAUGGCAGAAAAGUUUUUUUUAGAAGAAACAAUAAAAGCAAUAGUGGCUGAAAGCCUGCCUCCCAGCAAUGUCAAGGGGAGCAUUUCCAUUGGCGUGGCUGGGACAGCUUGGGCCCCUGCUUUGGAGAACAUCCCAGCACUCAAUGAAGAGGGAUGGACCUGGCCAGUUUCUUCAGUUUGGUUUGGUUUCUAUUGCUCAGUUUUGGGGCCAAAAUUUUCAAGCAGCAGUGCCUGGUAUCAGGCACCAAACGCUGGGGACUCCAGUGUGGCCACAGGGGACGAGUUGCUCUGCCCUCAUGGCUUCCUGGAGGACGGGGAGGGGACAGGUCCCCCCAGGCCCAGGGGAAGGUCAUCGCCCUCUUCACCUGCUGAGGGGCCCAGCAAAGGCCCUGUACCCCAGAGGUGCUAGGUAAAUCUCCUUGAAUUCAAAGGGCCAGUUAUUAAGGUGUCAAAUUAAGCCUUGAAUAGUUAGUUUGAGGAACUUACAUUUUGAAAAUUUGGCCUUUGAGUCUUUGAACAUGUUUAUGCCUAGGAGUUGUCCUUGUGAAAUCAUGUCAAACAGAUGAAGGUCAAGGUCACAAUUACAUGGUUGGCUUUUUGACACUUGGACUAAACAAAAGGUCUAAAAAGGUGUUAUUUAUGCAGUUUCUAGUCACAGGUUGGAGCUUGAUUUAAUAACUUUGUAAAAGGAAUUUACUUUGAAGAAUAAUCGGAUAGUUAAACACUGCUUAACUCCAGAAAUUUUUGUGCCACUGCUUAAAAAAGUUACCUUUUAAGUCAUGUAUUUCUCCAAAAUUAUAUCAUUGCUUGGCAAUUGGUGUCCUGUAAGUGUUUCAAGUACACAGUAUACCUUUGGAAUUGCCAACAGAUGCGAAGGGGGACCAGAUACAUUUCGUAACUAUGGGUUGGAAAAAAUGGAUUGUACAUUUGGCUUCACAUGUUUAACUUUUUUUUUAAAAAGUUGCAUGAUUGGAAAAAAUAUGUAUACAGUAUCUGUAAAACUGUUUUAUCUGUUUCUGUUUCAAGCCAUGUAAAUUGGAAGAAUAUUAAAUCCACAGCCUUAUCGCGCAUGGCCGUCUUUACAUACCGAAGAGCUGAACAGUUUAUACUUUUCAUUUGGGCUAUCUUGUACUUUCAUUUGAAAGCAGACACUCUCACGUUGCAGUCUUACUGAGGAUUUUAUAUUUAAAAAAAAACAACAAAAAACCAAAAAAAAAAAAAGGAAAACAAAGAAAAAAGAUGCUGCCCUGGAGGAAUAUAUUACCUUACUACUCAGAGGUUGGAAGGAAGUUUGUUUUGGAGCAAAAUCUGCCCCUUUCCAAAUGAAGUAGAGACGCAGUGCUUACUCCACUUGGUGUUAGUAGAUAUUGCCUUGUGUAUUCCAUUUUAAAUUGUAAUCUAGUUUGUAAAAGAGAUGGUGACGCAUGUAAAUAAAGCAUAAUGAAUCUCUGCAUUGCA